ACACAGCUUGACAUUAGCUUCGAAUACUGCCAUAUCCUGAGCCAUAUACUCCCACUCCCAUAGAGUCUCGAGCGAAAAUAGUCUCAUCCCUAGUCUCCCUCCAACAACCAAUCAUUUCCUGCCACGCGCCAACUUUACACUAACCGGUCACGAAUCAGCUAGCAAGAGUAUCAUUAACCUCCCAGUAUCUCCCACAAAACCAAUCACUGUCGUUUCGAUCUUCCUGAAGCCAAUUAACCUCUAGUCCAUUUCGAGAACCUUCGCAAUCGCAAAACUUUUUUUUUUCCUUCUCAACGAUCGUAAGGGAAGUCGGUUUCUCCGAAUCAUUCAGAUAAUUUGUGAUUUAAGUGACGAUGAGUGAGGUAUUCGAAGGAUACGAGCGGCAGUACUGCGAGAUUUCGGCGAAUCUUUCGAAGAAGUGCACUGCAGCUGCCGCUCUUCAAGGAGAGCAGAAGAAGCAAAAAGUUUCUGAAAUAAAAAGCGGAGUUGAUGAAGCCGAAUCGUUGAUUCGGAAAAUGGACGUUGAAGCGAGAAGUUUACCGCCAAAUGUUAAGGCUGUGCUUCUUGCUAAGUUGAGGGAGUAUAAGUCAGAUUUAAACAAUCUUAAAACUGAACUGAAGCGACUUGUAUCUGGGAAUUUGAAUGCAGCUGCUCGUGAUGAGUUGUUGGAAUCAGGAAUGGCUGAUGCGUUGAUGGCAUCAGCUGAUCAAAGAUCAAGAUUAAUGUCGACAACAGAGAGAUUGUAUCAUUCUAGUGGUAGAAUUAAGGAAAGUAGAAAAACCAUGCUGGAAACUGAGGAGCUCGGUGUUUCAAUUCUCCAAGAUUUGAGUUCACAGAGACAAGCGCUUUUACAUGCCGACAACAUGCUUCAUGGAGUGGAUGAUAACAUAGGCAAAAGUAAGAGAAUUUUGACAGCCAUGUCAAGGAGAAUGAGCAAGAACAAAUGGAUCAUUGGCAUCAUUGUUGCAGUCCUUGUGGUUGCAAUCGGCUUGAUAUUGUACAUCAAACUGAAGUAGCUUUGAUACUUUCUUUAUGGAUUGUGGCUGUUCUAGCAACAAUGAAUUUUUUCCCUUUACUUUCUUUCUUCCUGUUAGAUUCCUCCAGGUAUUGUUCUUGGUUCUUUUCCUGAGUUUUCCAUUGAGUGCUGAAGUGAAAUACUUAUAUUAGAUUUUGACCUCUUUGCUUCCUAUACUACAUGUAUAUAAUAUGUGCUAAUGGGCAGGUGUUAACGGGCAUCAACUAUUAAUGUAUUAUUAUGUGAUUGAAUGAUUGAAUUAUUUAUUUUAUUUUAA